AUGAGUAAAAUACCACAUUUAUAAGUUAGAAGGACCUUCUUCAGACACUUUCAAAGACUUAGAUUCGUAGCUUCUGUUUAUAAAAGAUGCCAUACUCCAAAAUUUACAGAAUCAAGAUUAUUAGGAACUUGAGAAAUAAGUUUAAAAGUAUGAGAGUGAAAUCAGAAAGCAUAUAAGAGUAUAAUAUAUAUAUUAAUUAUUAGACUGAAUAAUAAAUUAAAUUAUAUUGUGAACAACUCCAACAACAAUUAGAAUAAUUUCAAUAAAAUAAUAUAAAUAAGAACUUGAUUCAUGUAUGAGUUCUAUUUAUUUAUUAGUAACUGAAGAAAGAAAUUACAAUAUUAAAUGAAUAAAACAAACAUUUAAUUGAAGAAAAUACAUUUUUAAAGAAGAAGAUACAAGAAAAUAAUGAAAUAUAAUAACAUUAAACAAUUUCUAGCAAAUAACCACUUAAAUUAGUUGAUUUCAUUCGUAAACAAAAAUUACCUAUUGAUAAAGAAAGUUAUCUCAGUAAUACUAUUGACACUUGUUCAAUUUUAAAAAAAGAAUAGAAUAGAUUACAUUAGAAGACAAUCUCAUAAUAAAUAACUGAAUAGAAUUAUGAUCAUUGUAAGUAAUUCAUUAAUAAUUUCAAUAUUAUUUGUAAUAAAUAAAAAAUUACAUGUAAUAUUAACAGAUAAAAAAAGAGUAUUAGUGAACAUAAGCAAAUAAAACAUAAGUUAGAUUUAUCCUCUAUAAAUUGA